AUGUUGGACACGUUCGAGAUCAUCACCACCUCUGGCGUGGUCCUGUGGUCCAGGACGUAUGCGCCCGUCAACCCGUCCGUCGUCAACAGCUUCAUCGCCGACACCUUUAUCGAGGAGAAGCGUAGCGCCAGCGCAAUCCAGGACGCGCAGUCGGCGGCCACGAAUCCUCCAUACAAGAGGGACCAGCACACGCUCAAGUGGACGAUUGUGAAGGAAUUGGGCAUCAUCUUUGUCGCUGUCUACCGAUCCCUCUUCCACCUCUCGUGGGUCGACAAGCUCGUCGACAACAUCCGCACCAUCUUCGUCUCGCUGUACGGCGAGCAGCUCAAGAAGCCCCACACAACCAUUGUCGAAUGUACCAAGUUCGACGACUAUUUCGACCAGCAGAUCCAAGAGCUAGACACGUCGAGCUCGGCCGAUCCCACGACGCGGGAAGUGGCAGCCAGCGCUGUGGAGGAUGCGCCAGCUGCCCCCGGCCUCACCUACAGAGGCAGAGCCCUCCACAACGACGCGCCCGAUGAGCCGUCAAACGAGUCUACCCCGAUAGUCACGCCGAACACGUCGCGGCCCUCCACUCCGGGCGGCAGCCAUCUGGUGGUCGGCAAGGCUGGUCCCGUCGCGAAAAUGUCCAGACGGGCACGAAAAGCCCAAAAUGCCGGAUCGGCGGCGGCUUCGUCAGGCGACGAGACGGCGGCCAAGCCAAAGAAGAGCGGCAAGGUGCGCCGGGUCUGGGACGCAGACGGCUUCGCCAACGAGGAGAGCGACGACGUCAAGCUGGACUACUCUGCACAGCUCAACCCGUCGAGCGACAACGAGGCCGAGACUGUCGGCCGGUCAAGCGCCGUGGACGCUGUGGAUGCGUCGACCUGGGGCUCCUCGAGCAAGGGCAAGUUUGUGCUCAAAGACCUCGGCGACGAGGUGCACGACAUGCUCGCGUCCGCCGAGGCCAAGAAGGCCGCAGUGAGCACGCAGACGGAGGCUAAGGGCGGCCUCCUCGGCUCUGGCGUCAACGCCAUCAGCGGGCUGUUUCGAAACGUUGUUGGCGGCAAGACCCUGACAAAGGAGGAGUUGGACAAGGCCAUGAAGGGCAUGGAGGAGCACCUCCUGCGAAAGAACGUCGCGCGCGAGGCUGCCGUGAGGUUAUGCGAGGGCGUUCAGAAAGAGCUCGUCGGCGUCAAGACGGGCAGCUUCGAGGGCAUGUUUCUACCGCUCCGAGCACCCCCUCGGUUGACCCACCACUAA